UUUUUUUAAGUGAAAUUCGUGGAUUUUUCUUACUUUAUUGUAGAAUAGUGGAAGUUCUAUGAAUCAUCAUAACAUGAACAACAAUGAUCCGUUGAGGAGGAAUAUUGGUUUUGCGAAUCCAGGGGCAAUGCGAAUGCAAAUGCAAAUGCCGAUGCAGAUUCAAACGCCAAUUAACCAUAACCAACAACAUGCGUCCCACCUGCUAUCUCAGGCGCGACCUCAAGGUGGGAUCCACUUCCCAGGCCAUUUUCAGCCCAAUACUCAGUCAUUUGGCCAGGCUCAGUUACCUCAAGCCCAAGGAGUGGCUCAAUUUCAACUCCAAUCUCAGGGUAACAGUAAUAUGGGUAUCUCUUCUCCCUCCAUGUCCACCCCAGGGUCUGGAGCAGCAGGCAGUGGCAAACGGCCCUUGCAUAAGCCGCCUUCUCGGCCUUCUGGUGGUUCCUCUGGUCAGGGCACUGCUUCACCUAUGAAAACUAUGGAGCUGACACCUGCUGUGCGUAGAAUGAAACGGAAGCUUCCUGAUAAAGAAGUUCCGGAUAAAGUUGCAACGAUCUUGCCAGAGUCUGCUCUUUAUACACAGUUGCUUGAAUUUGAGUCUCGCGUGGAUGCUGCCCUUGCUAGGAAGAAGAGUGACAUUGUGGAAUCCCUGAAAAAACCCAUGCAGGCUCAGAAGGUCCUGAGGAUAUAUGUGUUCAACACUUUCGCCAAUCAGACACAGAUGGUUCCUGAGAAGGAAAAUGCUGAGCCACCUUCUUGGUCGCUCAAGAUAAUUGGGAGGAUUUUGGAAGAUGGGAGGGAUCCUGCUUUAGGAGGAAUGGUGCAGAGGUCAUCAUACCCGAAGUUUUCAUCUUUCUUCAAGAAAAUUACUAUAUAUUUGGAUCAGAGUCUCUAUCCAGACAAAAAUGUAAUUUUGUGGGAGAGUUCUCGAUCACCUGUACUUCAUGAAGGGUUUGAGGUGAAGAGAAAAGGUGAUAAAGAGUUCACUGCAAUUAUAAGACUAGAGAUGAAUUAUAUGCCUGAGAAAUUUAAGCUUUCACCUGCCUUGCAAGAAGUUCUUGGAAUUGAGUUGGAGACACGCCCAAGAAUUAUGGCAGCGCUUUGGCACUACGUGAAGAUGAGAAAAUUACAAAUACCUGGUGACGCUUCCUCUUUCAUGUGUGAUCCACCUCUGAGGAAGGUUUUUGGAGAAGAUAAGUUGAAAUUUGCCAUGGUCACACAGAAGAUAACGCCGCAUCUGAUUUCACCUGGACCAAUACAUUUGGAGCACAGGGUUAAGCUUUCUGGGAAUUGUCCAAGUGGAAAUACUUGUUAUGAUGUGGUUGUUGACGUUCCUUUGUUACCAGACAAGGAAAUGUCAAUUUUCUUGUCUAACUUAGAGAGAAACAAGGAGAUUGAUACUUGUGAUGAAGCUAUUUCUUCUGCCAUGAAAAAAAUCCAUGAACAUCGGUUGAGGCGAGCUUUCUUUCUUGGAUUUAGUCAGUCGCCUGCGGAAUUCAUUAAUGCGUUAAUUGCUUCUCAGGCCAGGGAUUUGAAGCUUACUACUGCAGAUGCCAGUCGUGAUGUGGAGAAAGAGCGGCGGGCUGGAUUCUAUAAUCAACCAUGGUAAUUUUCUCUGUCUAUUCUAUGGUCAAUGAAGCAAUUUUUUUUGUGUGUGAAAAGCAGUGUUUUACUUAUUGCAAGUUAUGUGUCUCCAGUAUAUUUAUUUCAUGUUGUCUUAUGCUAUUGUAUUGUUCUUUCUAAAGUAACAUGCAUUAUUGCACCUUGCAAUUUUAAUGUGUAUUUUAGCGACUCGUCUCUUUUAUGCUACCUCUGGCAUUACUUCGUAGUUGUCUUAUCUUUCCGAAGAUAGAGUCGUCCCGAUGUGUCAAAUGUGUGCUGGGGAAUUUUUAAAAUUCCAGGUGCUAUUUGAGAUUCCAACUUCUUUUAAUAAGCCCCUGUUAGACCUCCAUUUCUUAAAAUUCGUUUUUCCCAAACUCAUUUUCAACAACACAUACAUGGGACCCCACUACUUUAUCAACUUUUCAAC